ACUCUUCCUGCCUCAGUCAGGUGACCUGAGCAGGAACGGGGUUGAUGGGAUCCCAGCCAUGUGUUCUUAGUUCCUAAACACACAAUCAGCCUUGCAGGGCCUAACGACAUGUCCACGGAGCAGAAGGAGCUCACACAGACACCACUGCUCAAGAUAUGGGUGCCAGGAAUGGGCAGUUCUCUAGGCCAGAGGAGAGGCUCCUCACGACCCCAGUUUACAAACUGUCCCACAAUGAUUGUGAUGGUUGGUCUGCCAGCCAGGGGAAAAACCUACAUCUCCAAAAAGUUAACCCGAUAUCUAAAUUGGAUUAGAGUCCCAACUCAAGUCUUUAAUUUGGGUCAGUAUCGAAGGGAAGUUGUGCAGACAUACAAGAACUAUGAAUUUUUUUGUCCAGACAAUGAAGAGGCCAUGAAAAUCCACAGAGCCUGUGCCUCAAAUGCUCUUAAGGACAUCGCCAAUUACUUCACUAAGGAGCAGGGACAAGUUGCAGUAUUUGAUGCCACCAAUACCACAAGAGAGAGAAGAGGAGUCAUUAUCAGUUUUGCCAAGGAGAGGGGCUAUAAGGUAUUUUUCAUUGAGUCGGUUUGUGACGACCCAGAAAUCAUUGAGGCAAAUAUAAUGCAAGUAAAGCUGAGCAGCCCAGAUUAUGAAAACUACGACAAAGAAGCAGCACUGGUGGACUUUCUGAAGCGUAUUGAUUGUUACAAAAUGUCCUAUGUCCCCCUGGAUGAGGAAAAGGACAGGCACCUCUCCUUCAUGAAGAUCUUUAAUGUGGGAUCCAGGUACCUCGUGAAUCGCGUGCAGGAUCACAUUCAGAGUCGUAUAGUGUAUUACCUCAUGAACAUCCACGUCACACCACGAUCCAUCUAUCUGAGCCGCCAUGGAGAAAGUGAGCUCAACCUGCUGGGAAGAAUCGGUGGAGACUCAGGCCUCUCUUCACAGGGCCAAAAGUACGCUAAGGCCCUUGCAGAGUUCAUCAGGGGUCAGGCCAUCAAGAACCUGAAGGUGUGGACCAGCCACAUGAAGAGGACCAUACAGACAGCAGAGGCACUGGGCGUACCAUAUGAACAGUGGAAGGCAUUGAAUGAAAUCGACGCGGGUGUGUGUGAGGAAAUGAUGUACGAGGAGAUUCAGGCAACCCAUCCAGAAGAGUUUGCCUUAAGAGACCAGGACAAGUACCGUUACCGAUAUCCAAAGGGUGAAUCGUAUGAAGACCUGGUGCACCGUCUAGAGCCAGUCAUAAUGGAGCUUGAGAGACAAGAGAAUGUGCUGGUCAUCUGCCACCAGGCAGUCAUGCGUUGUCUACUGGCCUACUUUCUGGACAAGAGUGCAGAUGAUCUACCACAUCUAAAGUGUCCUCUGCAUACUGUUCUCAAACUGACUCCAUUAGCUUACGGAUGCAAAGUGGAGUCCUUCUAUUUAAACAUCCAAGCAGUGAACACACACAGGGACAGACCCACAAAUGUGAAUAUCGCAAGAAAGACAGAAGCACUACAGACUGUACCUGAACAUCUGUAAUCACAAAAAAAAUCUUAAAUUUGCCAGUUUAGCACAAUUAAUCUACACACAGAUUGUGUAAAUGAAUAGCAAGUUGGGAGGAAGGAAUUUAAAAGGACAUUAGCAUGUUUCCAUUAAGAUUAUCAAGGCUUGCAAACAUGAAAGUGGGAUCCAAAGUCUGAGACCACAUCUGGGAAAAUCUGUUUUUUUUUUUAGGGGGGG